AUGGCUUCAAAGUCCACGGCAAUGUUCCUAGCAUUGCUCUCUUUAGUGACACUAGUUCUGGCUCUCGGGGCUAAUGCCGGUGGAAUCGCAAUAUAUUGGGGUCAGAAUGGUAACGAAGGCACAUUAGCAGAAACAUGUGCUUCAGGGAAUUACCAAUUUGUAAACGUGGCUUUUCUCACCACCUUCGGCAACGGCCAAACCCCUGCAAUCAACCUAGCCGGUCACUGUGACCCAACGACAGACGAAUGCACCAAAUUGAGCCCAGAAAUCAAGUCAUGCCAAGCCAAGGGGAUUAAAGUCAUACUGUCCAUAGGAGGAGCUUCAGGGAGCUACUCUCUAACUUCAGCUGAUGAUGCAAGGCAAGUUGCAACUUACUUGUGGAAUAAUUUCUUGGGAGGGCAAUCGUCGUCAAGGCCAUUGGGAGCUGCCGUUUUGGAUGGAAUUGAUUUUGACAUCGAGGGAGGGACUGACCAACAUUGGGAUGACCUCGCAAGGUACCUCUCUGGAUAUAGCAAGAGAGGCAAGAAAGUUUACUUGACUGCUGCCCCACAAUGUCCCUUUCCUGAUGCUUAUGUUGGAAAUGCACUUAAGACAGGCCUCUUUGACAAUGUUUGGGUUCAGUUCUACAACAACCCUCCCUGCCAGUACGCUUCUGGGGAUGUGACCAACCUUGAAGACGCGUGGAAGCAGUGGACUUCAGCCAUCCCUGCAGAUAAGAUUUUCUUGGGAUUGCCUGCUGCACCUCAGGCUGCUGGUAGCGGGUUUAUUCCUGCUACCGAUCUUAGCUCACAAGUUCUUCCGGCUAUUAAAAGUUCGGCUAAGUAUGGAGGCGUCAUGCUUUGGUCCAAGUAUUAUGAUGAUCUUGAUGGAUACAGCUCCUCCAUCAAGAAUGAUGUCUAG